GGAUCACCGGUGACACGUGGUACAGUCAUGUGACGCCUGCGUCAUCAGUUUGCGAGCUGAAGCCGGGAGUUACAUUAGAGGUCCGGCGCAUGUGCUGGGACAUGGGCUGGGAUUCCCUAGUCAAUAGUCGGAUGAAAGUACAGCCUGCGCAAUGGAAGUAACUUCAAGAAAACAUAUUAUGCAGUUCACUGGAUUCAGGGGCAGAGAGAAAGAAUCUCUUGUUGAAUUGCUAUUUAAACUUGAUUGUAUAUUUAUUGAUUCUGAGAAAUUUGAAAACUGCACACAUCUCAUCGCAAAAAAACCAUGCCGAAGUGAAAAGUGGCUUGCAGCCUGUUCUGCAGGGAAGUGGGUUCUGACUAAAGACUACAUAAUUAACAGUGCACAGAGUGGCAGAUGGCUUGAUGAAACAAUUUAUGAGUGGGGUUUCAAAAUUGAAAGACACUCCCAUUAUUCGCCCCAGAUGCAAUCUGCACCUAAAAGAUGGCGUGAACACCUGACAAGCACUGGUGUUGAAGGGGCCUUUAGAAAAUGGAAAGUGGCUCUUCUUUUUGACAAAGGUCAUAAACAAAGAGAGGCAUUUGUGAGAGUUCUGAAAGCUGGACAUGCAAUUAUAUGCAACCCAGAAGAGCUUCAUGAAGAGGUUACGCAUGUUUUCUUGAGUAAUCAUUUGAAAGCAAACAGAGAAAAGCAGCACUUUGAUGAACCUUAUUAUUCUGUGCAGUAUCUUGGCACAUAUCUAUUAGAGGAUCCAAUUGAAGGAGCAUCAGAAGAAAUCACAUUUGAGCAGGUUGAUGACAUAAAGCAUAUGAUCUGGAAACGCUUUUGUUUGGCCCAAGCUCGUCAUCAUUGUUGCAUUAAACGACACAUCAUGUUGAAUAAGAAUGGUCAAGUGAACAGUUUUGAUAAUGGUCGUUCUAGUGUAAAUAGAAUUGAAGGACUGAUAGAUGGACAAUUCUUCACUGAAGCUUUUGGUGAACUUGAAUACCUUUUACCAACUUUGCCACCUGUACAUGUCUUUCAGUUACUCAUGAAGAACUUAUUACAGGGAAAUCUAGAUAUUACCUGUUUUGGGAGAUUCUUUGAUAUUUUUAAUAACCUACUCUGGUUCCAUCCCCCGUGGGAGUCUACACGUAUGGUGCAAUAUUACCUUGAUUUUUUACAGUGUCCCUUAUGCCAGAGGGGUUGUUGGCCUUUCAUUGAAGUGCUUGCAAGGUCUUUCCUCAAUGAGCGACUCUCUUUAUGUCAUUCAUCGUCUGACUUAGGCAAUGAACCUAGUAAUAUGGACAUUAAUAAAAGAGUAGUAGCAGCACUCCUCUUAAAAUAUGUUGCAAACAUUAUACAAGAGGAAGCCAAAGUGCUGAGCAAAAGACUUUGCGAAUGUCCUGGGUUUGUCCAAAGAGCACUUCUUCCAUCUUUUACAGUCAGAAUCUUUUGGUCUGAGCUCAGAACUAUGAAACUUCUUACACGUCAACUAAGUUCCUUAACUGAUCUAGUUUUGAAGUUUCAUAAAGCAGUGUGUCACACUGAUGAUGUCUUAGUAGAAGAGGUGGCAUCUUCCUUGAACAUAAUGCUUAGUUCAGCUGUGGAAUAUUGGAUUCUUCUUGGAUUUUAUUUGAAUAAAAACCUGAUCUAUCAAGUUUCUAAUGACCUAGCAUUCUUUAUGUGUGUUCCUUGUGAAGAUUUUUCUAUGGAGGAGAAAGAAAAGUUCAUCUCAUCUAUUGCUUCUCCUUGGCUUCAAAUGUUAGUUGCAGAAGUGAUAUUCAUAAACCUUUGUGUGAAGUGCAAUGUCAACAUUACUUCUGACCCUCUAUCUUUAGAAAAACUGAUUUCUACAUACAUACCAGCAUUGUGGAAAGUGGGAACAUGUGGCAAGGAAGUGCAGAAACUGAAAGGAAAGAGGAAAAUAGGGCAGCAGCUUUGCCUGGAGUCUCAGAAGGCUUUACUGAUGCUAAAUGGUGAAAAUAACUACCAAGGCGAUGUGCUGCUUGAUCUGCCAAUUCUUCCAAAACUGAGAAGAAAAAGUGAGUGUCCAGCAGUAUUUGCAAAGGAAAAUCUCCCUUUAUCAGAUCAAGACCAAAGCUUUAACCGUCAUAACACUAAAGGAGAGACUCCCCUACAUACAGCCUGCGGCAACAACAAAGUAAAGAAGCUCAUUGUGCUCCUUAGCUUGCCUGGAACUGAUAUAAAUGUAAAAGACCAUGCCGGCUGGACGCCUUUGCAUGAAGCUUGUAACCAUGGCAACACAGAAUGUGUCCGUGUAAUUUUGCAGCAGUGUCCAGAAGUCAACUUGCUUAGUCAUGUGGACGGCGUGACUCCCUUACACGAUGCUCUGCUAAACGGUCAUGUUGAAAUCGGUAAAAUGUUGCUUCAUUAUGGGGGACCAACUCUUCUACAACAGAAAGACUCUUAUGGGAAGUUUCCCCUUGAUUAUAUUGCUUCGCCGCAGUUAAAAAAUGAACUUUUUGAUUUUGUCCAACUGAAUGAAACAAUUGAAGAUUUUCACAAGCACGCUGCGCUGGAGUAUGACAGCCACAAAAUAGAGUUCACUGCGUUCCUGCUGUCGAAGAUGUUGCUGAAUUUCCAUUCCCUUUAUGACUUGCCUGCAAAUUCACAUGCUGCUAAGACGCUUUGUCCAAAUGCAGCUCUCUUUAUUAAUCAUAUUCGAUCUAAAGAAACAAAGGUUACUUUCGCUAGUGCCUUUGUUGAAGGCUAUAUUGAAAACGUAGUCACUCUACAAAAGCUAAGUGACCUUCCUCAAGCAGUUCCCGAUGCUCUUGUUGCUCACACCGCCGGUAUUCAUUUGAAAAUUUUAUUAGCCGCUAUUCAUACAUUGGCCUCACAGUCAUUUACAAUCGAGAAAAAAUAAGUUGUUUUUUUUUUAAAGCUGAGGGUCAUUUUUCUUCGACACUACACUGUUUUCAUAAGCACAGUAUUCAGUAGUACGUGAUUCUCAACUACCUGUGCUAAUUCUUGCACUUUGUAAAGAUUCAUAAUAAUAUAUAUAGUACCAUAAGGGUUUUCAAACACGGUCAGAUUAAUGCCAUCGUUUACAAAAAAAAAACCUGGUUGAGCUGUUUUUUGUUUUUUUUAAAAUAGCAAUUUAAAUGGAUAACAUACAUAAGAAUACAAAUAAACACAAUACUGUUGAUAUGUUUGUUAAUAUUAUAAAUAAUAUUUGUAUAAAGUUUAAUUUUAAAACAACUUGGAAGAAAUGAAGGGCAAGUUUCAAUACGAAUGUAAAGCAGUUACAUUUCCUGUGAUAAUUCUACACAAAGACAUGCAAGUUUUCUUUAAGAAAAACAAAAAUCUAGGUAAACGUUUGCAUUAUACAGAACCUAGAAUAUUGACUUUUUGUGUUAACGCUGUUUUUUGUUUGUUUUUCUGGAGCACAGCUCAGUGCAGCAAGUUAUAGGGAGGGAAGCCCUAAUUAUGGGUCAUUUCUUUUUAUAUAGUUACAGAAAUCCACAAAUGCAGCAGCAAGUACUGGGUGUUUAAUAAAUCAGAUUAUCUGUAGUAAACCUAUCCUUAAAGGUAUUUGGUUUACUUUUAUGGUACCUCCCACUUAAUCAGUGAUUCCACAGCUACCAAUCAGCAGUUUACAUUUACUCAUCCAGCGCAAUAAGGCACAAUUGUGCGCCAUUCUUUACUGAAUUGGGGAAAUAUGUUCGUGUAAUAUUGAAUGACCUUGAUUGCAUGUAAGAGAGGGAGUAAAUGGAAGGCAGCCUACACUCCAAAGAUAUAGUUUCUAAUUGCUAGUGUUCGUACAGGUAUGGGAUCUGUUAUCUGGAGUCCCGUAGACUCAAUUUUAUCCAAAUAAUCCAGAUUUUUAAACAUAAUUUCCUUAUUCUCUGUAAUAAUAAAACAGUAGCUUGUACUUGAUCCCAACUAAGAUAAAAUAAAUCCUUAUUGGAAGCCUAUUGGGUUUAUUUACAUGAUUUUCUUAAGGUAUGAAGAUCCAAAUUACGAAAAGAUAGGUUAUCCGGAAAACCCCAGGUCCCAAGCAUUCUGGAUAACAGAUCCCAUACCUGUAUCAACAGGAUAUUUUUGAAAGCCAGAAGGUAUUUUUAGCAAUUUUUUUCAAGAUGGAAAAAAGAAAAAAAAAAAAACCUUGUGAAAGGCCAUUGACCAUUUUGUAAAGUGUGUGUAAAAAAAACGCAUAAAUCUAGUUACAGUAUAUGUAUUGUAAAUUCCAUUGGUAGUUACUGUUAUUUUAUAAAAGAGGUAUUCUAAGACAAAACAGCAUAUGUAGCAAAAAACUACCUUCCUAUUUCAGGGUGUCUGAAGAAACUAUAAAAAAGGUUUAAAAAUAUAACAAUUACUAAUUUCAUGUUGUUAAAGAAAAUAAGCUAAAUUUUCCAAGAUAUGUAAUAUACCCGGGCACAUUUGUUCUUUUAUUAAGGAGAAAAAUAAGGUUUCCCAGUCUGAAAUAUACCCAGCGCUCUUCAUAUAAUGUAUUCCCGUCACUUUCUUUUUACAUCAUUGCCAUUGGCUUGCUUUUUAUACUUCCAGAUUGCAGUGAUUCAUAAAAAGCUGUUGCUCUUGCCUAGUGACAGCACCCAAUUAAUGCUAGUAAUACACAUUUGGGUUUCUUACCCUGAAAGUCUUGCUAUGUUCUGUAAUAGAGCACCAAGUAUUCUUUCACAACUGAAGCCCACUCAAGCAUCUGCGCACCAGAAUGUCAGAGAGGACGACUGAAUUGCACUUGAUGAGCAGUAUGUCUGACAAAGAUUCUUCAGAGGAGAGAGUUUUCUGUUUAAGGCUGACAAUGAAUUCAUCCUUAUGUGUCACAAUACACGGCUGGAGAUUGAGACUGCUAGCUCAGCUAGGAUUCCCUGGAAAUGUUAUAUUUUUAUAUGGGCAGACACUUCAGAUUAGAGAUCCCAAAGUGCAGCUAGAUGUAAGAUACCAUUGUUUAGUACUGCCGCUUUAUUACAGGUCAUUUCUGCAUUGUGAAACAUGUUUUAGAAUUAUUGUUAUUGUGUUCGUGUUUGACAUUUAUAAUUGUAUUAAAAGUAUUUCUUACAAGG